AGGUGGCGCUGUGGCGGAAACACAGCAGCUUAAAACACGAACGAGCGCGCGGCAAAACCCGUAACGGAAUCCCUCGGGAAUUGAAUUAAUGUACUUUAGUAAAGCUGGUUAAAGAACAAUAAGCUUAUAAAUACAGGGUUUGUGUCACUGUUUGUUAUAAACGCGCUUUUUAGACGGACACUAAUUCGCGACUUUCUAAGUGACCUCAGACUUUCUCUGUGUUUAUGUGCGCCUCGGCUCAGACCCGUGUUUGUUGCUAGUUAAACCAAAACACGCAGGAUUACAGCAGCAGCUGAUUUUUUUUUUUUUUUUUUUGCGCACUUGUAUUCCGACAAAGCCUCUCCUCUCGCGCUAAGAUUGACUAGCGUUUCAUACUCUCGCGCAGCUUGCUGAUUGGACAGUUCUCUAUCCCGCGCAGGAGGCGGGAGUCUAAUAGCCAAUCCUGGAUCAGGAGGCGGGGCUUGUCAGAAUGCAGAUAGGAAACGGACUUUUCACUAGGAAACGGUUAAAACGUAAACAGUGGGUCAGGUCGCUAACGGCAGCUAAGCUAAAGCAAACGCUUAUUUUGUUUACAUGUGUAUUUUUAAGUUAAAAGUUUGAGAAACGUAACUCUUUUAACCCAUUACCAUAGAAGACUUGAACUAGGUUAGUUUGAGCUACAGUUUGGUGUUAGCAUCUUGUAUCUAAUUGUUGGGAUAAAUUAGCUUGCCGUUAGCUACUUGCUUAUAGCGGGCUGUGGAUAACUCUAUAUAAAAGUGAGAUUUUGAUCCGAUUCUAUUCCUUAAACCCGUGAUCAUUUUAAACUUUAGGUAAUUUUAUGGUCUUGUUCAAUUUAUAGAGCCAAUUAAACGCUAGCUAGCUAAAUAAAAGAUGUGCCAGUGACCAUUACUGCUAACAGCUCGUCGCUUUUUUUCUUAUGAUGCUGAAUAACGUUAGUUCUGAGGCGUUUGUUUAACAAGCUUUGAGGUAAAUUAUUAUUUUCAAGUAAGCAGUAUAUUAAGGCACUCUACAAUGGAGAGCUAUGAGGAGUUUAUCCAAAGACAAGCCAUCCACAUACGGAGUAAUGUCAGUGAAGAGUCUGAAGCAGAAAUCAGCCAGUCAUCGAUGAUUAGAUUUCACGGCUUGCCCAUUCUGCCUCCUCUGCUGAACAAAGAUCAGAAGGAAGAAAUGCAAAGCCUGAGAGAAGCAGCCUCUAAUCUUACAAAUAAGAGGAAAACAUCGUCACUGUCUCGGGUGUCUUAUGUACAGGCCAUACUAGAGAGUGUUCAGCUGCGAAAAGUUCCAACCAUUGACGAGUUUAAGGAUGAGACAGGACCAGAAAAUCCAUUAAACACUAAAUGCCAAAGUAUCACUUGCAUCCCUGGAGAUAAAAAUGAGUAUAAUACAGCUACUGAAAGCCAUUGGAAUUCAUCCUCCUUAACUCUCACUCAACAAAUGCCUAGUGAGAAAAUGGCAGUAAUGGAAAGUCACCCUCUGACAUCUACAGCUUGCGAUGGUCGUACAGCUUUAAGCCUUAGACCUUUUGAAGGAGAAGAUUCUUUAGAGAGCAGCCACACAACUGUUCUGUUUGGAGGUCUUCCUGUGUUUGGUCACAGGCUGGAGCAAGCUGUUGAGAUGAACACAGGUUAUGGAUUUGAUUCUUCCUCACUAUCUUAUUCAGAGAAACAUUCUCAUAUAAAUGCUAGCCACCAAGGGCUGUCAUCUGGAUAUGUGACGAAUGAAACCUCUGACAUCACCCCUAGCUGGGUUAACAGAACCCAGAACAUCAGAAAAGAUCCAGAGGGCAGACAUUCGUAUGGCGGAGAAGUUAUAUUAAAUUCCUCAAACCUGUCUAAUAGGACUGGUGACAUCAUCAGCCAUACUCCAGUAGAUGGAGAGGUCCUAGAGGAGGAGUAUGUAGUCUUGAACAAUGCACAGAUCGAUGAGGUUACAGAGCCAGUAAAUUUAGCAGUAGAGCCAGAGCUGGCCGAAGGACCUUACCGCAUGAGUCUGCAGAAUCUUUUGAAGAAAUCUCAAGAGCACCGGCGGCGUCAGCGCCUCCUGCGUAACCAGACAAAGGCUUUGAAAGCCAGUGAAGCCGGACGUGCCAAUGAACAUAGUCUCUCUGAUAAGGAAAAUGAGGGAUGGCUGCCAGGGGACACUGGGAAAACUGAGGUCAAGGGAACCAGUGAGAACCAGGGGGAGGAUCAUUUAGCAGAUCAAGAUCCACAGACACACAAACAAGGUGGAGAGAGAGAGAGUGUAGAGCCUUGUGAAGUUGUCUGCCAAGACAGAGAUUGCCUUAAUCUCACUUCAGCCUCAAACAGCACGGGGUGUACAAAUGGAAAAUCAUCAGCUUUCUCAAACCGUCCAAAUAUAGCUGUCAGUUCCACUCAAUCCACUUCAGCAAAAUCUCUAUAUCAGUCCAAGGGCAAGAAAAUGGGCAGCAUGCUGCCAAGACCUUGUCUAACAGGAAAUAAAAAAUUUAAGAAUGUCCCAACUCCCAAGUUUUGCUUAAGCCCAGUGCACAGUAAAAAAGGCAGUGCUGUGUCUGCCUCAGUCAGAAAGCCCCUGGUCAAGACGCCUGUCUGUGUAGAAGAAAAAACAAGGCCAAAUCCAUGUGGGCAGAGCAAAAGCAGAGCUGUGAGUCUCCUGCCAGGGACUGAGGGAGGCGUGCCUUUGUGCAAGAGCAUGGAUCAGGCCAAACAGAUCGCUCAGCUGGAGCUUAACCUGUCAAGCCUUAAAGUUCUAAUCUCCGAUCUGGAGUCUACACUCGCAGAGUCACAGGCACACAAUCCCACAGAGGCAGCCAACAACCCCCAGCAAACCCUGCUUUCAAAGCAUGAAAGCGCCUAUCUGCCUGCUAGUGACGGAAAGUCUCCGUGUGUGGUUACUUUUAGUGAGACUGUGCAGCAGAAAGUCCUAGCUAAGGAUUAUGGGAUACAGCCAGGGAAUAAACAGCAUGAGCCGCCACAACGUGUCACCUCUCUGGUGCAGAAAAUGAGGGUGCCGGAGGCGUUCUGCACUAUCAAUGGUUCAAAGCAGCUCUCUGAGAGGACUGCUGUCCUUACAAAUGCCAACAAUCAGCUUGAAGAGAGGAAGAAUGCCUCUGGCGACAAAAAGAAAACAUCUGAAAACAUGGAAGACUCCCUAAAUGGCGCAUCUCUUAAUCGGUCAUAUGAUGUGGACACGCCCUCAGGACUGUGGGCCCAGUCCGGGCUCAGAGGGAAGCAGCUGACCCCAGAGCUGGGUGGGCAAGAGGGGGUGUCACGUGCCAAACGCAGGCUGCAAAUGAACAUUGUGGACGGAAACACGUUGGGCCAACCGAGCGAUGAGGAGCGACCUCAGUCCAGUACACCUAAAGCGAUGCAGAGACCUAUGCAGGAGCUACAGCUAAGGGAUGAGCAUGGCACUCAGGUCAAAGCUCUGAUGGAGGAGCAGCGCAGACAACAGCACGAGCUGCUGCAGUCUCUGGCGAUGAAGUACCAGUUUCUCCGGAGCGUGUCCUUCCCAUGUCCCAGCUCAGGAUCACGUCUGGAGGACAUGACAACCUCCUGUCUCUCCUCCUCCCCUGUUUCUGUGGGGCUGGGCUCUUCUUCCCAUCAACAUGAACUCACGCUGUCUGAACUGAGUGCUCUGUCAGACUCGUUGCAUAUUUCACAGUCCUGUCUUCCUCUAUGUUAUCGCCCCCUGGUGGCAGCAGCUGUGAAAGGCUACCUGACACGCAGGCUUCUUCGUACAGAGAGAGUAACUCAGCUCAUCAGAACCAUAAAGGACACUCAGCUGUUCCUCCAGGGCUUUCAGCCUCCCACGCCAGGCAGAGAGUACGGCAACAAACAGGACAGAGUCCUACAAGAGAGAGUCUCACUACAGUUGCGCUCAGCGCGUUAUGAGCUGCAUGACCUCUUCUUCAGUGUGUGUCCUGCAGAGCGCAUGCAGGUGAUCAGCUGGGACCGACAGCUGACCAGAGAGAGAGAGCUCAGACGUAAGGAGAGUACUGAGCUGCAGGGCAGAAGGAAAGGUUCUCUGUCUGCUGCCACCAGGAAAGCCCUGGAGAGGAAGAGGACAAUGAUGUUACAGAAGAAAGCAGCAGAAAGGACAAAGCCGGCAGUGGGUGCCGAGGAAAGAUGGACGUUUGUGCCAAACCCACGCAGAGUUCCAAAGAAGACUACUCCGUUACGGCGCAGGUGAAGAGCUUACACUUCUGCUGCACAUACAGACGCCAACACAGCAUGGGGCCUUGCUAGAAUAUCACCAUGUCAUGUUUAAUGACACAAUGCCUUUAUUUAUUUUUUUAAAGUUAGGUGUCAAAAUUUGGAAAGUUUCCUAUUUAUUCAUCUUGCCAAGUUUAUUGUGAAAUGUGGGAAAAUACACUUGCAAAUUGACAGGCUGUUGUUAGUUAAUGUAUUUUUUUUUUACUGUCAGCUAUAUGUUGACUUGCUUCGUAACUUAUUUUGUGUUCACUUUCUAAUAAAUGAUUGUGAUAACA